AUGUCCUUCUCCAUGAGGCUGUCGCAGAUGGAUGCCCUACCCAGCAUUCCAAAGUUGGAGUAUGGAAGAACUCUUGGACAGGGCUCUUUUGCUAUUGUUAAAUCUGCAAGUUUCAAAGAUGAUCCCGCCAAGCUAGUAGCUGUGAAAUUGAUUCAUAAAAAGUAUGCCCUCAAAUCGGGGUUAUCCACAUCUCAGGUUAGCAGAGAAGUAAAUAUUCAAGCUUACUGCAGUAAUCAUCCCAAUGUCACCAAACUUUAUGACGCCAAUGAAGACCCAAACUGGCUGUAUCUUAUAAUGGAAUUGGCCGACAAUGGUGAUUUGUUCGACAAAAUAGAACCAGAUGUGGGUGUUGACGACACCGUGGCUCAUUUCUUUUUUUGUCAAUUACUAAGUGCAGUGAGAUAUAUCCACGGUCAAGGGGUAGCUCAUAGGGAUAUCAAGCCAGAAAACAUUCUUUUAGAUUCCAGGGGAAACUUGAAACUGGCAGAUUUUGGAUUGGCGUGUGUUUUCCAGAAGAAUGGUAAAAAGAGACUGGUAAAUACUCCAUGCGGUUCCCCUCCAUAUAUGGCACCAGAAGUAGCUUAUUCAACCACGUACGACGCUGAAUUGUCGGACCUGUGGUCUUGUGCAAUCUUACUUUAUGUCCUAUUGUCAGGUCAAACUCCGUGGGAUGAGCCCACUGAAUACGAUCCUGAUUUUGUCAACUUCUUACAACAAAGAGGAAAAUUGAUCUCUGGACCCUGGGGUAAGUUUUCACCAUCGGCACUAUCUUUGUUGAGGGCAGUAUUGAAGCCGAACCCAGCGAAUAGAAUAACGGUCAGUGAUGUCAUGGACCAUCGGUGGGUCAUGAAAGAAAAUCCAUUGGCUAAUCCCAAUGAUGGUUUAUGUCAAGACUCGGGACUUUUAGCAAAAAAACUUCUGUCGAAUCUAAACGUUGGACUAGAUUCUGAAGACAAAAAAUAUCAAAAUCUUCUAUUCUCAAUCAAUAAUAGAGAAAAUCACCAAACAAAUGCUCCCUCUACGCAGCCUCAAAUGCUGGGAGUGAUUGACGAUAUAUGGAGCAAUACGAAGGACAAUUUUGCUGGCUCAGAUUGUGUUUUUCCAGCUACCCAGCAGCCUCUAUCUGAACAUUCUCGACAAAAGACAGAGGUCAAACUUGGUGAAAGCACCCCUGAGGAUCAAAUCAUUCGAUUAGUGUCCAAAGAUCCGGCAAUUUUACAAUUUAUCAACCAAGGUCAAAGACCUAUAAACACAGGAGAUGUUUUCACGGCUGAUGUCGGUAUCUUUUCAGAAAGGUUUACGCGGUUCUUUUCCAUUCUUGAUCUGGAGAACUUGGUGAGCAUUUUAAUGGAAUCAUUGACUAAGAUCGGAGUCAAGGGGGAUCAAAGACUGCAAACUCAACAAGAAAAAUACCUAGAAUUUAUUCCAGAAGACGAUCAAUCGGUAUAUAUUCCAAUAAGAGCCUGGGAUAGAAGGCGAAUGGCCUUAGUGGGCAAUAUAAGAAUCUCCCAAUUAAUCCCCAAUUUGACUCUCCGUAAAGUUGAGUUUAUAAAAUCGAAAGGAGAUCCAUUAGAGUGGCGACUUUUAUUCAAGACUGUGACAGUGCUGUCCAAACAUGCCGUUUAUAUUGAGACAAAUUUAUAG